UUGGAACCCUUCAAACGUUUGCCAGAAAUUGAUUUUUAAAUAUUACAAAAAGCCAUGAGCAUCAGUACAGAUUCUGUUGCUGGGUCUGACAAAUCCCUUAUUCAGAAUGAGAAUAACGAUCCAAACAUAUCAGAUGGAGGAACAGGAAAUGGUGCUAGGAAGAGGACUGGAUGCAGGUCAAAAGCUCAAAAGGAUGGAGCGAGUGAGGAUAUUUACAGGAAACUUUCAGCGAUCAAUGGAGAGAUUAACAAAAUGAACAGAAAACAACUUCAAGAGCGUCUCACAGAAUUGAAAAUGGAUACAAAGGGUGUAAACGAUGUUCUAAAGAAGAGGCUCAAGUUGUACUAUAGACAUAGAAAACUUAUGAAAGCAAAUGUCCGUGUCCCAAGUACAAAACCAUUGUAUGAUUAUCUACUCAUCAUAGACUUCGAGGCUACUUGCGAAGCUGAUACACCUGGUUAUCCACACGAAAUUAUAGAAUUUCCCAUUGUCCUCAUCAAUGUUCAUCAAAACACUGUGGUGGAUGAAUUUCAUUCCUUCUGUAAACCGGUGCUGAAUCCACAGUUGUCAGAGUUCUGUACAGAACUGACUGGUAUUACCCAGGCAAAUGUAGAUGCUGCUGAUGAAUUUCCAGCAGUCUUUCAGAAAGUCGAGGAAUGGAUGAGAGAAAAGCACCUUGGCGAAGGCAAUAAAUUUGCAGUUGUCACGGAUGGGCCUUGGGAUAUGAGCCGCUUUCUUUGUCUCCAAUGCCAGCACUGUGACCAUCCCUUUCCACGUUGGGCCAAAAAGUGGAUUAACAUUAAGAAAACAUAUGGAUCAUUUUAUAAGUGUCAACGUAAAAAAUUGGAGGACAUGUUGAUAUAUCUGGGGAUGAAAUUUGAAGGUAAACAGCACUGUGGCCGUGAUGAUUCGAGAAAUAUAGCAAGGAUAGCUAUUAGACUGAUAGAAGAUGGUUGUCGAGUCAAAGUGAAUGAAUUCAUUUACAGUUAUCCAGGUGCCAAAUUUCUGAAGUUUUCAAAUGUAGGAACAGAAUCAAGUGACAGUGAUGAGAAGGAGGAUAAUGAUAGACGUACUGAACGAGCUGAUGACAAGAAAAUGAAAGAGGUCAAAAUCAGCACACAUAAGGAUGACAAAGAUGUUACUACAGCAAUGAACAAAUUGUGUAUAGAAGAAAAGACAGAGGAGAAAGAAGAGGAUUUGUCUGAUCUGUUGGCAUAUUAUAAGCUGCAGAAAUCUUGACCAGAUGUAUCAUCUAUGAAAGACAUUUUGGAUCUUUUGUGUUUUUGAUAGUAAAUUACAACAUUUUGAAUUGAUAAAUAGAUGAUAUAGGACCUUUCCUGCUGUUAAGAAUGAAUCAGGAUAUUUUCAGUUGAUUAUGAAUUAAGAAUAUUUUGUUUUGUUGAUAAUGAAUUGCAACAGUCUAAAUCAUAUUUUGUUUAUUAUUUAAUUCAUUGAUUUGGUAGGAGUUAUAAACAUUGUAUGAAACA